AUGUCCCGCAUUGAGAAGCUUUCCAUUUCCGGCGUCCGCUCCUUCAGUCCGACCUGCCGCGAGGCCAUCCAAUUCAACACCCCGCUGACCCUUAUCGUUGGCUACAAUGGCUCUGGAAAGACAACCAUCAUCGAGUGCCUCAAGUAUGCGACAACUGGCGAGCUGCCGCCCAACAGCAAAGGUGGUGCAUUUAUUCAUGAUCCAAAGCUAUGCGGCGAAAAAGAAGUCAUGGCCCAGGUCAAGCUUCAAUUCCGUUCCAUCAACGACCGCCAGCAUGUUGCCACCAGAAGCUUGCAGUUGACAGUCAAGAAGACCACUCGCUCGCAAAAAACUCUCGAUUGCUCCCUCGUUGUGGUCAACAAUGGCGAGAGGACCACCACAUCUACCAGACAAGCACAACUCGACGAAAUGAUUCCCGAGCGACUGGGUGUCUCCCCCGCUAUCCUCGAUGCCGUCAUAUUUUGCCACCAGGACGAGUCAUUAUGGCCUCUCAGCGAACCAUCGGCCUUGAAGAAGCGAUUUGACGAGAUUUUUGAAGCCUUGAAAUAUACAAAAGCCAUCGAGAACUUGAAGGUUCUGCGCAAAAAGCAGGUUGAGGAACUGGGCAAACUUCAGAACGACGAGGCCCAUAAUAAGGUCAACAAAGAUCGGGGCGAACGUGCCGAGAAGCGCAUGACUGCUUUACAAGCCGAGAUUGAAGCCGCGCGGGAGAAAUGUGAAGCAAUCACGGCAGAAAUGCAAGACACACAAGACAAAAUUAGACAAAAGCGCGAGCAGGCAAACAGCUUUUUGCAGGUUGUGCAAAAUCUCAGCAACAAGCGUGAACAGCUCGAGUAUCGACAAGAUGCAGUCAAUGAGCUGCGACAGAGAAUAAAUGAGCUUCCCGAAGACGAUGCAUCGCUUGAGCGUCAACUAACACAGUACGAAGAGAGUAUGCGCCGCCAGAGUGAGGAGGCGAAUCGAAACAAAAUUCACUACAGCGAGCUCCAAGAAGAUCUCGCCAAGUCUCGCAAAAGUCUUUCUACCAAGCUUGCCGAGCAGGGCAAACACCAGUCGGACAAGGAAAAGCACGAGCGCCAGCUGAAGAUGCGCAUGGAAAUGGUGCAAGAGGCUGCGCAGCGUCACGGCUUCCGCGGUUACGACGACGACUUGACCGACGCGCUCAUCAAACAAUUUAAUGACAAAAUCCAGAAACUCUUUGCUGAGAAGAAGCGAGACCUGGAGCGUCUGCAAAAGGAAAAUGCUGCGGAACUUGACAAAGCGUCUGCUACCAUCUCGGAGCUCGAAGGACAAAAGGCUGCUCGAACACAAGAUAGGCUUUCUGCCAAGCAGCGGAUGGGGGCCAUUGAGAAGAGAACAACUGUGCUGCAGAACGAAUCUUCGUUAAUAAACGUUGACGAAGGUCUGAAAGCUGUCCUUGACGGCCAAUUGGGGGAACUCGAAAGUAAAUUCUCGCAAGUUCAGCAAGAAUUCGAGACAGCAGCUUGGGAUAGGCAUCUGACAGAGGAAAACACAAAGCUCUGGCAACUCGAGAGCGAGAGCGAUAAGCUAGGGAGAGAGCUGAUCGAAUGCACCCGUCUCGCGUCUGAACGAGCUCAACUAGAUUUCCGAAAGAAGGAGCUUUCUGACCGCAAACUCAAACUGACUACACUUACCGAGACCUGGACACCAAAGUUGGAUAAACUCAUUGGCGGCGGCUGGAAACCCGAGGACUUGGAAGGUAAAUUUCAAACUUUACUCGCAGCCCAAAACAAAUCUCUUCAAGAGGCUCGCCAGCAGCAAGAACAGACCCGCCAAAAGCAAGCCAAGGUAGACUACAAGCUCAAAACUAUCAAAGAGACCUACGAACAAAAGCAGACACAGCAAAACGAGUGCAAGGAGCAAGUCCUCAAAGCGCUCCAAAGCGUGCGAGAUUCCGCCGUAAUAGAAGACUAUCCGGAAGAGGUUUCGGCAACGGAGCAGCAAAUAGAGACUUUGCGAGAUGACCUCAGUCUCAUUGAUGCCCUCAAAGACUACUAUACCAAGUGCAAGCGAGCACUUGAUGCAAAGAAGACCUGUCUACUUUGCGAUAGGCAUUUUGAUGACAACCAGACUGCUAGCAUCGACCGGUUGCGCGCCAAAAUUGACCGGCACUUGAACUCAAAGACGAAAGUAGAGGCCGAGCAAGAUUUGAGUGAAGCCUCGUCUACCUUGCAAUCUCUUAUUGCGGUGCGAAGCCAGUAUGAUACGUACGAGAGAUUGGGCAAUGAACUUCCUGAACUGCGCAAUGAACGCAAGUCCAUUGAAACCGAUUAUGAGUCGAUUGAAAGACUGCUUGAGGAGCACGAUGCCGCUGUUACGGCCGAAGAAGAAAGGCAACGUGAUUUGGACGACAUGUCGAAGACUGUCAGCAACAUCGGACAGACUCUGAGGGAGAUUCAAGACUCUGAAAGCCAGGUUGAGCGCAUUGCUUCCCAGCAACAAUCUGCUGGCAGUGGUCGUAGUGCCGACGAAAUCCACGAACUCCAAGGCACCGUCUCAGAACAGAUGCGUGCCUCGAAAAAUCGAGUUGCAAAACUCACAAAUGACAGACAGCGAGCUCGAGACCAGAUCAGUGCCCUUGAGCUUGAGAAAAGCGAGUUGCGAAACAGAAUUAGCCUCACUUCAGGCCAACUCGAUAAAAAGGAAGACUUACAAGGUCAAAUACAUAAUCUCAAAGAAGAGCUAGCCCACCAACGCGAAGCCAUUCAACGCGCUGAUCAGGAGCUGGAAAAGGUCGAGCCUCGAAUCACAGAAGCACGGUCUAUUCGCGACGACACGUUGAAGCGCGGUAGGGAAAAAGAGCAGGCCAUUACCGAGAAUCGAGAUUCAGUUGCCACGUCAAUCAACGAGAUCAAGAUGAUUGAGUCAGAUAUUCAAGACUAUGAAGACCGCGGUGGCGCCUCGAAUCUGGCUUCAAAUCAGCGCGCCAUUGCAGCUCUGGAGCAGACUAUAACAACUACAGAAGCAGAAAUUACUGAGCUGACGCAACGCACAAACAAGCUGAAACAAGACAUUGACAAUGGGGACCGCACAAAGGAGAAUAUCAACGACAACCUGAAUUACCGCAAACACCUGAGAACACUCGAGGUUUUACGAGACGAGAUUGACGAGUUGGAAAAUCGGAAUGCUCAUGAAGACUAUGAACGUCUGCAAGGCGAAGCGCGCGCCCUUGAGAAUCAGUCCAAUAGACUCUUUGCCGAACGAGGGUCAGUCAUGGGGGCAAUGAAGACCAAAGACGAGGAUCUGGACCGGCUCCUCAAGGAGUGGGAAAUGGACUACAAGGACGCCAAGCAAAAGUACCGCGAGUCGCACAUUCGCGUGGAGACGACCAAGGCAGCCAUUGAAGACCUCGCGCAGUGCGGUUCGGCCGUGGACAAGGCCGUGAUGCAGUUCCACGCCAUGAAGAUGGCCGAGGUGAACCGCAUCGCGGGGGAGCUGUGGCAGAGCACCUACCAGGGCACCGACAUUGACACGAUCCUGAUUCGCUCCGACAAUGAGGGCACGACGGGGCGGCGCAACUACAACUACCGGCUGUGCAUGGUCAAGCAGGACGCCGAGAUGGACAUGCGCGGGCGCUGCUCGGCGGGCCAAAAGGUGCUCGCCAGCAUCAUUGUCCGCCUCGCGCUCGCCGAGUCGUUUGGCGUCAACUGCGGCCUCGUCGCCCUCGACGAGCCCACCACCAACCUCGACCGCGACAACAUCAAGAGCCUCGCCGAGAGCCUGCACGCCAUUAUCCGCGCCCGCCAGGCCCAGAGCAACUUUCAGCUCAUUGUCAUUACCCACGACGAGGAAUUCUUGCGGCACAUGCGAUGUAGUGACUUUUGCGAUAGCUUCUUUCGCGUCAAGCGUGAUGAGAAGCAAAAUAGCGUCAUUUCGCGCGAGAGCAUUACCAAGAUUUUUUAA